CGCCAUUCACUUUACACGGUGUGCCGAUUUAUUUUUGUUAACGCGCUGUGCUUAUUUUGAUCCCGUAAAAGUUUUUACGAUUUCGCGGUGCAAAUAUCGUCCUUCGACUUCAUUUUACAUUUGCAGCUGAAGAAUGCGAACCAGGCAAUGGAACUUACAGAGCACCAUUAAAGAUUUAUGUUAAAAUAUAGACGGCACCUUUUCGAUAAAAUAUUUUUUGCUCUGGAGACAGAUACUGUACUGGGAGGAUUUUAGGUUCAUUCGAUUUCUCUCUCAACCUUGUAACUUAUUCUGAUGCCCAGCACCUUCAGUGUCUGUGAUAUAUCCAAGAUGGAUUCCUCCUUGUUGAAUCCGCGCCCCACUGUCGACGACUCCUCCUUCAUCUUGCCCCGCCUCCAAGGCUCUUGCAAGGCAUCCAACAUGGCACUCAAUGAGCAGAUACGCCAACUGAUGGCCCAGGGGAAGACCAUUUAUCACUUUGGCUUUGGCCAGUCGCCGUUCCCCGUCGUUGAUGGGGCUCGUCGAGCUCUGGCGCAGCACGCCGGAGAAAAUGCCUACCUUCCAGUUGCAGGUUUACUAGAACUGCGCGCCCAAAUCUGUAACUUCCAUGCUGAGUUGGAUGGUCUAAUGCAUCUAGACCCAAAUUUAGUUAUCGUCGGACCAGGAACUAAGCAGCUGAUUUACCUGCUGGUUCAAGUCUUUAAUGGAGACGUGCUGAUCCUGUCGCCCAGUUGGAUCACCUACAAGCCAAUGACAGUUCUGGCCGGCAAACGGGCCUUUGAAGUGGCCUCCAGCAUGCAGGACGGCUGGAAACUCACACCGGAAAUCUUGGAAAAGGCAAUUUUGGAAAGCAACACAUCCACAAAUCGUCUGUUGAUUUUCUGCAAUCCAGAUAAUCCAACUGGCAUCAGUUAUUCUGAACCUGAUCUGAAAGCACUAAGUGUAGUUCUUCGCAAGCACAACGUGAUCGUUUUGAGUGACGAGAUCUACGGACACACACAGUAUGAGGGAGACUUUCUGAGUCUGGCAAAGUAUUACCCAGAAGGCACCAUUAUAUCCAGCGGCCUGUCCAAGUGUUUCAGUGCGGGAGGUUGGCGGUGUGGGUAUAGUAUUUACCCCAAGGAGUUGACUGCACUUCACCAGACAGUGUGCAGUGCAUCCAGUCACACCCACUCAUGUGCUGCUGCCCCAGUGCAGUAUGCAGCCAUCCAUAUAUUCAAACUGGACGAAGAGACGAAGGAAUACAUCAAAGGCUGCCGAUGCAUUAUGGGAGCUGUGGCUAAGUUCUGUCACCGGGAAUUGACAGGUUGUGGCAUCAAGGCAAUUAUGCCUGUGGCCGGCUACUACAUUUUCCCAGACUUUGAGGUCUUGCGUGCCGUCUUGGAGGCCAGAGGCAUACAGACCUGUGAACAAAUGUGCGAGGCACUCUUCAAAGAAGGAAACGUGGCGGUGAUGGCCGGAGGGCCAGCUUUCAUGCGACCUCUGACAGAGUUCACCGUGCGUCUGUGCUUUGUGAAUUUUGACGGCGGGGCAGCGCUGGAAGGCUGGAAGCUCCAGGGUUGCAAGGAAAAACUGGAUCAGGAUUUCCUGGAUAAGUACUGCAGUCCAGUGGUCCAAGGGAUUAAGGCUAUUGUAUCCUGGGUAGAAAAGCAGCUGGCAGAGCUCUAGUCACUCCAAUGGCUUCUGCAGGUUGUUGCCGAUAUAGGAACUUCAUAGCUUUGCUGUGGAGUUUUACACGUCAGUAUUUGCACUCGGUCUGCGACUAUUUGUUUUCAAGUUCAGCAGUUGAGAAAUAUUCUUCAUACCCUCGACGUACUGCUCUGUUUUCCUCCCAUGUACUACAUGCACUACCUCGUACAACAGAUUUAUCUUUCUCUCUAAAUUAAGAUUAAAUAUGAUAAUCCAUAUAAAUUUAAAUUAUCCAAUAAACAACUUUAUUGUAAGUUUUAAUUUGUUGCUACAAAUGUUGUUUUUUUACGGUUGAAGUGAUUAACAAUGUCCCUGUUAUUCUAUAUAUCCAUUAAUUAAUUCAAGUUAAAGGGACAGAUAAGUUUUACAGAAUUUCCUACAUUAUUACGCUUUUCAACGAGCAAAAACAUCUCUAAACUGGAAUAAAAGAGUAAUGAAUUAGACUUAACGGCCGUUUCAAACCUUGCAGAGU